AUCAAACAUGAAAGCAUCAAAUUUAAAAGUUAGUUUUUUUAAACGGUUUUAAUUUAAUCUCAAAUAUAUACAGAAUUUUAUCAAAAUGUCCUAUGUAAUAAAGGAAGUUUUAAAAAAAGUAGAAGUUACUAAAGCCAAUCAUCAAAAACAAUUAAAAAUUUUAAAACAACAGUAUGAUAGGGGCUCAGUAGAACACUUUUUUGUACAUAUACGAAACUUUUUAAAGUUAAUAUUUACUGCAGAUAUGAGUGUUUAUGUGGAAAAUGUGCUAGAGUUUUUGGCACUCUUUAUUGCAGAAGUAACACCUGAUGAUACAAUGGAAGAUGAUUUCACUGAAACUGGUCAUCCACUUUUAACUAUGACAAUUAAAGAAACUCUACAGUAUCACAGAUUGGUCAAUGAAAACCAUAGACGCAAUUCAUGUCUAUUUAUUAGACUUAUUCUGGCAAAGAUUGGUCCCAACAAAAACUUGGAUAAUGAAAUAUGUGAUCUAAUUGAAGAGGCUAUGCUAGAAAGAACUUUGGAUCCCAAGCCAGCAGUGCGUUAUCAAGCAGUAUUGGCUUUAAUAAGACUGCAAGAUCCAAUGAAUGCUGACUCUCCAGUGAAUAAAGCCUAUUUGUCACUGAUUGUUGAUGCUAAUGCCUCGAUUAGAGUUGAAGUAGUGAAAAAUAUUGCUCCUUAUAAUAUAUCCAUACCUCAAAUAGUAAACCGUUUAAGGGAUAUUGAUCAAAACGUUCGUAUUGCUGCAAUAAGGAAGUGUGCUGAUCUGAGUCCAAAAUCUUUUAAGAUUCUUGAGAGGCAGCAUAUAUUAACAUGUGGGAUAACAGAAAAUAUCCCAAAAGUGAAAAAUGUUUUUAUCGAGAAUUUAUUACCAAAAUGGUUAAAUGCUUACCAAAAUAAUUAUAUAUUAUUUCUAAAUGCAUUAAAGUUGGAUGCUGACGAAAAUGAUAUUAGUAAUACUGAAAAACUGACCAAAGACCUUUUUGAAUUGUGGCUGAGAUCCACGCCAGUUGGUGAAAUUAUUUCUGUACUGCCACUUGACGAAGAAACAAAAAUCAUUUCCUUGAAUAAACUUACCAGCGAAGCUGUAGCAGUGUGGUACAAUUUGGUAACAUACUUAAGGGACAAUGGAAGCCAGGAAGAAUAUUUAGAUGAUAUACUUCCUGAUCUUACUCCAUUCUGUAAUUAUGUUGAAAGUAUCAUAAAUGAAAAAUCAAAACACAAAAUGGAAGAUUGGGAGUAUUUAGACUACCAGUAUAUUUUGAACAGCUUAUUUGGAAUUGCUGCAGGCUAUGACUUUGCAGAUGAAGUGGGCAGAAAAACGUUACAUCAGCUGUCGCAAAAAUUGUUGGCAGAAGAAAAUUUAUUGCUGAAGCUCAAGCAAAAGCUGGUAACCUUAACUGAACAAACAGCUCAAAAGACUGAAGAUAUCACGAACAUAAUAUGCCACGUAAUAUCUGAUAUUCAGGCACCACUUAUAGAAGUGCAAGUUGAACAAAGUUCUGUGGAGCAAACAAAUAAGGAACAUCAAAAGGCUGAAAUAAAAAUAAAAAUUAUGAGGCUUGAAACUGAAUUGGAAGAUGCGGCAGAGAAUCAGGAAUAUUUAAAAGCGGAAACUUUAAAGAAUUCCAUUAGCGAUUUAAAACGUCAGUUGCAGGAGUUGGCAACAUCAACUAUUGAAAUGGUUAAAGUGACUAAGGAUGAUCACAAAACUGUUUGUGAAUGCUUAGAUUUGCUGAUUUCUCUGCUAGCUCUGCCAAAUGUUAAAACUAUGACACCAUCGCUAGUGGCGGUUAAACAAGAAUUCGUAAUUCCACUAUUGAGUCGUGAUGACAUUGAUGACGAAGUCAACUGGAGACUGCUUAAAUGUAUUGCGAUGUUCUGCAUCUUGGACGAGAGUAUGGCUCAGGAAUAUGUUAAAAAAUUGUGUAUACCUAUUAUUACAUACAGACAAAUUCCAAAUUAUAACAAACAAGCACUGAUCAUAUCCAUUAAGGCAAUAAUUGAUAUAUUUAGAAUAUACGGUUACAACAUUUUUGGAGACAAGGAUAGCACCAUGGUUAGCACUAAUGGUAGCAGGUCAAACCUAUCGUUAGCGACAAGUUAUAAUAAAAGGAGAUUGUACGGAACCGACCAAGCAGACGACAGCAUCAUAUUAGUCCACAAUUGGGAGACUAUAGUCGAAGUUAUUUUAAAUAUGUUGGAUGAUGAGAUCUCUGAAAUUCGGAAUGUUGCAAUAGAAGCCAUAUCGAAAUUGAUUCUAAAUGAAUUCCCAGUUUCGCCGACCUUAAUUUCGAGACUAAUCCUAAAAUGGUACAACCCUAUGGCAGCCCAGGUACCUGACAGAUCACAGCAACUCAUAGGGGUGGUUAUAAGUAACUAUGUCAAAAACAUUGAGGGUGCCAAAGAAGUGAUAGCCAAUGCAAUUAUUCCUACAUUACAAAGUAUAGUCAGUGCUCCAACCACUAGUCCCUUAGCAGCUGUAGACGUUGACAACCUGUUGAUGUUUCUUUCUACUAUAAUUGGUGCAGAUAACAGGAAGGAUCUUAUAAAUAUACAUAUAAACAUGGCCCACAUGUUCACCCACGAGAUAAUAAAGAGAAAGCAUGAUUUCGUUGCUAUUCAUCUCUCCAAAUUCCUGUUGAUUUUGGAUAUAUCGUCAGACAAUAUUGCUGCUAUAAAGGAAUUGAAGACUCAAGUACAAAAAGUCUUGGAUGACGAAAGUUUGUCAGAGAAAACACUAAAGAGAAACUUAUUAAAAAUUCAUGAAAAACUAAACGCGUCUUUAGAGAAACUCAAUUCAUUAGCUGAGAAUAAUCUGGAAGCAACAGAGAAUUCCAAUAUUAAUAAUUCAAAUGAAGACAACACUCAAAACGAAGCUUGUCAUCCAACAACAUCCUCAGAUAUUCAGCAAUUGUCUAAUGUAACAAAUUCCACACGGCAUAUUACAAAUUUGUCUUCAAUACAAGAAGAAAAUGAAGAUGGCCAAGGUAAGGAAGCUUUUGAAAACGACACAUCGAACGCUGAUAAUGUAGACAAAAGGAAAUCUACUGACGAUGAAGAAGCCGUUGAGCCGGAUAAAAAUUUGACAAAUAAUACUGCAGGAAGUGGAAUAGAGCGAGACAAGGAAAAUGCAGAAGAACAAAACUCCGAGGAGAGACUAAAAUCAGCUGAGGAAUCUUCAAACGAUAGGAAUAAAAAUUCUGAAGAAGAUGACGAAAAUCAUUUUAUAACUCCUAAAAAGACAUUACAAGAGAAAAGAAAACGAACGAAAGAUGUUAUUGAAGAGACAAAUUCGGACAUGGACAACAAUAAUAAAUUUUCAAAACGAAGAAAAAAAGAUAGAAAUGAAGGUAACAUCCAUUCUGGGACUGGUGAUAAGGGAACUUCGGAUUUAAGUGAAGAUGUACAGCACCAUUCAGAUAAGAGCAGUAAUCAAGAGAUCGUUGUGAAUAUUACUCCUCGCAGUAGAAUCAGUUCCCAUAUAUUGCAGAUGAGACCGAAUUUACGUAACAAUAAAUCUCCCAUUUUCAUUCAAAGUUCUUCAAGUAAUGAAGAUAAUAGUGAAAUCAACAAACCACGAAAGCGAAAUGCUUCACAAAAAGCGUCGAAAACAAAUGUUGGUGCAUCUUCAGGUAAACAUAACACGGAAGUGUUUGUAAACAUCACUCCGUCGAGCAGGAUUAGUCGGAAUGGUCAAAAAUCCACAAAUAGUUCUCUAACCGAUAAAAAAAUGGAUGAAGUUAACAGUAAACAAAGUAAAAAUAUGCAUAAAGGUAACAUUAAUAAUAAUCCUAGUCCGAAGGCUAACAGUGAUAUUAUUUGUAAUAUUGACAGCAGUUCUUCAACUAGUAUUGGCACUGGGAGUUUCAGAUCUAAGGGUAACAAUAAUAAUGCAAACGAUGGUAGUUCAAAUAGUGAUAUUUCUACUAGUGGAACUGCUACUAGAAGUACUAGGAAUAAUAAUACCAGUAAUAAUUUAAAAACUCCUUCUAUAAGAAAGACAACAAUCGUUAGCAACGAAAAAAACAAAAAGAAAAAUGACGAUAAUAAUACAGAUUCAAGUUCGACAACUAGUAAUACUUUUAAAAGUACUAGAAGUCUAAAAGAAAAUCUCUCAUCUAAAGAUUCAAAUUCUGAAGAAAACACUUUAUCUAGUAAUAUGACUAAAAGUGGAAGAAACAAAUCUAUUAACGAGGAAUCUUCUAGAACGGAAAAUGAAGGUUCCGCUGCUAACAGCCGUUUCAAAAAUGCUAGAAACAAAGGAACUACUAAUAAUGACACCAGUUCAAAAUUGAAUAAAGGUAAUAAGACUGGCACAGAUGACAGUUCUGUAAUUAGAAAUACCAAAAAUAAAAGUUAUAGCACUAAUGUUGAGAGUGAUGCAACUACUCUGGCUAAAAAUAAGGGACAUAAGAGUAACAGAAAUAACAACACUAAUUUAAAAACGGAUACUAAGUCCAUUACUAAUAAUUCAUUAACUACUCCUGUAAGAAGUACAAGACGGGCGGGUAACGAUAUCGAUAAUGCAUAUUCCAAUGCAAAAAGUCGUAGCAAUACAACUACUGAUAGCAGUUCUACAGUUAGUAGCCCAACUAGAAGUUCUAAAAAUAACGAAAAACAGUCAAAGAACACUAAUUCAAAAACGGAUUCUAAGUCCAUUACUAAUAAUUCAUUAACUACUCCUGUAAGAAAUACAAGACGGAUGGGUAACGAUAUCGAUAACGUCAAUGCAAAAAGUCGUAGCAGUACAACUACUGAUAGCAGUUCUACAGUUAGUAGCCCAACUAGAAAUUCUAAAAAUAACGAAAAACAGUCAAAGAACACUAAUUCAAAAACGGAUUCUAAGUCCAUUACUAAUAAUUCAUUAACUACUCCUGUAAGAAAUACAAGACGGAUGGGUAACGAUAUCGAUAACGUCAAUGCAAAAAGUCGUAGCAGUACAACUACUGAUAGCAGUUCUACCGUUAGUAGUCCAACUAGAAGUUCUAAAAAUAACGAAAAACAGUCAAAGAACACUAAUUCAAAAACGGAUUCUAGGUCCAGUACUAAUAAUUCAUUAACUACUCCUAUAAGAAGUACAAGACGGAAGGGUAACGAUAUCGAUAACGUCAAUGCAAAAAGUCGUAGCAGUACAACUACUGAUAGCAGUUCUACAGUUAGUAGCCCAACUAGAAAUUCUAAAAAUAGUGAAAAACAGUCAAAACCUGUAGAGAAUAAAAACAUGGACAAAAACAAAAAUAAGGAAAACGUAGCAAAUAAUAGCAGUAGAACUAAUAACCAUUUACGUUCUACUAAAAACACACCCACUGUUCGCCAAACGCCAGGAUCAGGUAAUAAUGCAACAAACGAGAAAACCAGAUCUAAGGACGAUACAAAAGGUGUAAGGAGUGUAUCUUCCUCUGAACCACCUCACGCAAAUAUGAGAUCAAUUAGCAAAAAGCAACAGAAAAAUAAUAGUAUUACUAAAACUACCACACCUAACAAUGUUAAUAAUACGAUUACUGAUAAUAGUUCCACUUCUCUUAGUCCUACUAGAAGUACAAGAAGACAGAACAAUGAAAAAGUUGCAAACAAAUACAAUGAAAUAAUGUCUCAGUUAAUUUCAAAAAAGAAAAAUACAAAUAACAGUCCUAAAAAACCGAAUAAUUCAAGAAACGCUGACAGUAGUCCAAAAGGAAGUAGCAAGAAUUUGCCAAAAAACCAAAACAAAAAUCAUAAAAAAUUAAGUAAGGAACUGUUUCCCGCAAAACGAACUACACGCAAUGGAAAAACUUCUGACACAGUGCUUGAUUCAGACAGUGAUAAAACAAGUUCUAAACCCAAAAUAAUACCAAAUGUUGAAAACAAUAGUCUAACGAUAAAAACAAAAAAUAAAUCGACGACCGAUACAGACUCUACAACUGCCAGUAGUAUCGUUAGUAGAUUCAAAAAAAGAAAAUUAACUAAUGAGAAAAUCGUUAAAAAAACGAAGGAUUUGAAACAUGUUAAGACAGACAAGGGUACAGUUAGGAACAAACGGAGAUAUCCUAGUGAUGGUAGUUCUGACAGAAGCAGUCCGAAAAGGCUUCGAAUACGGAAUAAACGCAUUUCAAUCGCAAGACAUAGACAAGGCACCAAGUACAAAAAUCUAAAGUGAUUUUAAAAUGUAUUUAUUUUUAAUGAACUACCGUUCUGGUAAUUGUUUAUGACACUCUAGAUUUUGUGGUUUAAGUAAAAUGCACACAUAUUAUGUAUAGCCAUAAAUCAUGGAUUACAAGAGGUUUAUAUUUUUGACAAAAAAAUGAAUAUAUUGUAGAGAACGCGUAUAGAUUAAUGCAGUGAUUCCAAAAGUGCGGGUCGCGUCCCACUGGGGGGUCACGUUAACACGUUGUCUGCCAUAAUGUUAAAAAAAUGGGUCUCUACGGCCACGAGGCCCCCGUUUCUGUGCUAUUGAGACAAUAGCAUAUCGGCAUACCAGCUGUUAUCGAAUACAACAUAACGUUUGUGUCUCACGGCAGCCAACGUGUUAAAUAGCUAGGACAUCUUGGAUAUUAGUGCACCCUAUGUAACGGACAGCGAAAUCUUAUGUUUGUGCGUCACAGUGUUGCCAUGCCAUUUCUUUCAUAAUUUCAAUGAAUGUUAAAUGUACCUACAAGAAUAAUAGAAUAAGAACGUUUACUUCUCCGUCAUUAUACUAGGUAGAAUGUCAAAUGAAACCUUAUAAUCCAAGGAUAGUACUAAAGGUGAGAAAUUAGACCUAGAUACUGUCCCUCAAAAAAUAAGCGUUAUAUUGGGGAUUUCUAAUGUCGACAUUAAAAGUUGCACUAUUUUUUUUUUCUAUAAAACAUUUUGAUCUAAAACUUACCAGAAAACUUCUUUGUACUAUCUACUUUCAAAUAAACGUGAUUAAGAAGCUAAAUUUUAAACUUCGUCACACAACUUUUGCGAUUAAACUUUGCAAUGCACAAAUCCGCACCUUUUUCUUUGAAAAAUUCAUAACCUUUAUCAUGAUAAGAAUAAAAACUUGAAGCAGGUACCUUUGUCUCCAGAAAUGUUAGAGCUAUAUACUGUAAAAAUUUCAGAAAAAAAUAUUAAAAUGGAACAGAGCUGUAGCGAGGUAAACGCAAAAAAUGUGAUUUCAUUUUUUUUUUUUAUUUUUAGGUUAAAAUUGCGAUUUCGACAAUGUUCCCCGACAUAAAAUUCAAAAUAAACCUCAUUUUCGUUUUCAGCACCCUUCUAAAAUAUUAAGUAUGAAUAAAAUUAGCCAUUCACCCCUCCGUGGUCAGUAUCUCGAAAACUAAGCGCUUUUUGAGGGUGUCCCGCUCGUGUAUAAUAUCACAAAGAAUUGUAACGUGAUAGUAUGAAAAAAUAGAGGAUACAGCAACGGUGUUACAAGUGAUGGUCGAAUCCAAUUCCAAAAUCUACACAGACAUAUUAGGGUGCACUAAUAUGCAAGAUGUCCAAUAGCUGGGGGGGGGGUCGUUUACAAGCAUGUUUAUUUAAUUGGUUUGUAGUUGUAUUAUACCUGUUUAUUUCAUAUUUUAUACCUUAAAUAAAAACAUGUCAAAUAAAAAUGUAACGCCCUAAUUAUUAUAAUAUUGUCGUUUAUUUAGAAACACAAACUUGACUACCUCGUAAAACAUAAAUAAUAUUUAAAAUCCUUUGUAAAAGGUAUACAUUUUUUUAUUAAAAUCCUUUUAAGGGCUGCUACAUUACAUAACGUUUUCGAUGGUUUAACAAAAUCAUCAGUGUUAAUAUCCUAAAAGUAAGUAUAACCGUGUUAAUUAAUGCAAAGUUAAUGUUUAAAAUUUUGACUAAGGUUAAAGCAAGUUGUUGCUUAUACCUACAGGUUAAUUGCAAGCUGAGCCACCAAAGAAAUACCAGGGUGAGACCACUUUAAAUGGUAUAAAAAUAUGUUAUAGUAGCAUAUUUGCUUAAAAUUCCAUAGGAUGGAUAAUAUUUUUAAUGAAUUAGGCCCUUGGGCACAGUAUGACUCUCCCAUCACGUGGGUUGCAAAGCAAGUUGAUACAUGUGUCUCUACAUAACGACUGUUAUGAAAAUUGAACGCUGGUGUCAAAAACCAACUGAAAAUGUGAUAUUGAGGUUUUGUGAAAAUUACCUAGUACAUAUUACUCUAGCCAACGUAUUGUAAUAAUUAUUUAUUGAAAUUUAACAGUAAUAACAACCAUCAACAAAGUUGGGGUUUUUUUUAUUAUAUUUACCUUACAACUAUAUCUUAUACAAUUUUAACUUUUAUUUACCUUAGUCAAAAUUUUAAAUAUUAACUUUGCAUUCGUUAACACAGUUAUACUUACUUUUAGUGUCUUAACACUAAUGACGAUUUUUUUAAAAAUCGAAAACGAUCUGUAAUGUAGCACUUAAAGGGAUUUUAAUAAAAAAAAAGGCACUCGUGGGAGUGACGACAGAAGUGAAAACUUCUGGCGAAUCAAGCGCCUUCGUGUACACACCCUAUCCCUCCUCCAACCUUUAUAACUUCGGUCGAACUUAUACGCAAUUUAACUUAUAGUAUAUCAAUUAUGUACUAAUAUCUCGCCGUAGCGAUGACGGUCGCGAUUUCAAUGCUUUUUCCCCAUCCAAAAAGAAGUGCUAUACUAAAAACUGCUAGACAAAAAGGCCAACGUUGGAAUGCAGCAAUACAACAUUGGAGACCUUACCAAAGUAAACGACCGAGAGGAAGACCACAGAUGAGAUGGGUUGAUGAUAUUAAAAGAGUAGCCGGAACAAAUUGGAAAUAUGUUCCUCAGGAUAGAGGCCUAUGUCCAAACGUAGACGAUAGAAGGCUAAGAAGAAGAAGAAGAAGAUACCCACAUUAUUAUACAUGCGUUGCGUACGUCCUAAGCUAUUUACAUACACAUAUAUAUACGUACAAAAUUUAUUUCGGCGAAGUGGUGACGGUCGCAAAUUCAAUGUUUUUCCCCAUCCAAAAAGUGCACAACAUCCCUAAAGAAGUUUUCACUUCAAAAAUUUAUUUCGCCGAAGCGAUGACGGUCGCUAAUUCAAUACUUUUUCCCCAUCUAAAAAAUGAACAACGUCCCUAAAGAAGUUUUCACUUCAAAAAUAUAUUUCGCCGAAGCGAUGACGGUCGCUAAUUUAACACUUUAUCCCCAUCCAAAAAGUGCCCAACGUCCCUAAAGAAUUUUUCACUUCAAAAAUUUAUUUCGCCGAAGCGAUGACGGUCGCUAAUUCAAUACCCAUCUAAAAAGUGCACAACGUCCCUAAAGAAGUUUUUACUUCAGAACAAUUUUUUAUACCUUUUACAAAGGAUUUUUCAUUAAAUAAUAAUUAAACAAUUUACAUGCAUAAAAAUAUACAGGACGUAACAAAAAGGCAGGCCUUAAAUUAAAUCACAUAUUAUGGGACCAAAAUAGUUUGAUUAAAGGCGGGUUGACAUUACUAGUGAAUAACGAACGUGUCUCACGCUUACAUAGUUUGUCCGUGCUAUUGUUAGAUAUUUUAUUAUCUAUUUUCAAACUCGAGCAGUACAUUUGUACUGCUUGUACCGGGUGUCCCAAUAAGAAUGACGCUCGGCCAUAUCUCAGGAACCGUUUAUAGUACAGCUUUGGGAAAAAAAAUUUUAUAACAAAA